CUGUUGAGCUCGGGAACGUGAUUCGACAAUGACACCGCUGAGGCGGAAACAGCUGAUUCGUUUAAAUAGCAACCUUGCAGGAAAUUUCCCCGCUGACAACCAUCCAGGAAGUUGCUUUUAGUCGCGUGAACGCAGAGAGAGGUCGCUGUCUGCCUCCAAAAUAAUAACAAAACAGUUAGUGGGAAUUACUCCUCUAAGUAGUUUCUCUGGAGUGGUCAGGUCUCCUGCUUCAUUGCAACGAUGAGCAUCAGCACAAAUGCCCAUUGCAGCUGUUGUGCUAGCAAAGAAAAUAUUGCACCUUCAAGCAAAAUAGAUGCAUUGCCAAUCCAGCGAACCAAGCAGCGGACAGUACUUGGUGUCUUGUCGGAAAAUGAGCAGCGUGGUCGAUCCCUCAGCCAGGGAAGCCAAUUUUCCAAACACAGUACAGUCUCAGACAGCUCUCAGCUCGCCUUUCUUGGCUGCUCCUCCACUUCCAGCUAUGAUGUCUAUGUCGAAGAGGCUUGUGAAGUUGUUCUUGCAGCUUCUGGCCAACAAGUGCUUUCAGACAGCUAUCACCUAGAUGAUGAGCCUGCUGCCCUGCAAAAUGAAGAUUUGAGAGUCCUGCUGGAGCUGACUUCAGGUUCAUGCAAGGAUUCUUCUAUGCAUUCUGAACCAGAUGAAGCCAUGAUGCCAGAGAAGAUGCUUUGUCUGUCUGAGUAUGCAGAGGACAUUUACCGGCAUCUGAGAGAGAGUGAAAAGGAGUUCAGGCCAAGGCCAGACUACUUUGAGAAACAUCCAGACAUUACCAGUGGCAUGCGGGUCAUCCUGGUGGACUGGCUGGUGGAGGUGGUCAAGGACUACAAGCUUUGUUCAGAAACUCUGCACCUUGCUGUCAACUAUUUGGACUGCUUCCUCUCCUGCACAGCGCAUGUGAAACGGAGCAAGCUGCAGCUGGUUGGAACAGCGGCAUUACUGAUUGCUGCUAAAUAUGAGGAGAUCUUCCCUCCCGAGCUGAAUGAGUUUGUGUACAUCACAGACAGCACGUACACUAAAAAACAGUUGGUUCGGAUGGAGCAUGCUGUCCUCAGAGUGCUGGCCUUCAAGCUGGCAGCACCCACCACAAACCAGUUCCUUCAUCUUUUCAUGUCCAUCCACUCUGUCUGUGUCACCACAGAGAACCUGGCCCUGGUGAGGAACAUCGAUCACACAAAUUAUGUAGCUGAAUUAAGCCUGCUGGAAAUUGAUCCAGUCCUACAAUACACCCCAUCUAUUGUGGCAGCCGGAGCCUACUGCCUAGCCACUUACACUGUGAACAAAUCUCUCUGGCCUGAUUCCUUGUGUGCGUUUACUGGCUAUACCAUGGCUGAAAUUGUGCCCUGCCUGACUGACCUCUACAAGCUGUACAUCGGUGCAGAGAGUCGCCCACAACAGGCAAUCAGGGAAAAGUAUAAAAGUUCAAAGUAUUGUCAUGCUUCACUGAUCCCUCCACCUACUGGUCUGCCUUUCCUAUUAACCACCGCUCCACCCCUGUUUUGAUGCUCCUGCCAGAACGUAUUUAGACUGAGAGCAAAACAAACACAGCUGAUUACCACCCAUCAUAUAUAUGCCACAACUCUCUGAGUAUUUAUUACCUUUAGAUUCUUUUUCUUAAAGUUUAUGCAAAUGCAAUAAAUUAUUUUUUAAAAGGAUUUAAUGAGUUCAGAAUUUUAAUACUGUACUUGUAUAUGUAGAGGUAGAAAGUAACUACAUUUUUUUCUAGGUAGUUUUGAGGUAUCUGUACUUGAGUAUUUUCAUUUUGUACUACUUCAUAGUUUGACUUUACAGCAGUUUAGAGGCAUAUAUUGUACUUUUUACUUCACUACUUUUAUUUGAUAUGUUUAGUUGCUAGUUAUUUUUCAUAAUCAAAUUAAAAACAAAAUGCAUUAUAAUCAUAAGACUACUGAUCCCUGAUGUGAAACUCACAAGCUACCCAGUAGUGCUUUAAAUUAUAAGCACAAGGUAAUUAAAACUAUCUCCACCUUUGCCAGCUGUAACACUCAAAGUGAUGUACAUAAUAUUUCAUCAACAAUUGUAAUAUAAUGUUUUAGAAUGUACCAUUCUAUAUAAUGAGUACUUUUGGUACUUUAAGUAUAUUUUGAUACUAAUGAUUGUGUACUUUUGUUUGAGCAACAUUUUGAAUGCAAAACUGCUUCUUUUAAACAAUCUGAGUACUUCUUCCACCGCUGUGAAGGUGUUCAUGCAAACAGUUUAUAAAGCUGCUAACUCAUUAGCUGUAAUAUAUGCUUAUUUUUUGUUCAGAGUAAUACAAAACAUGUUGACUCAUGAAUAAUGGCAUCUUUUAUAUUUAAGAGAGAUUUUAAAACAUGGUCAAGCACUUUGUCCUUGUUUUUCAUGUCUUUUUAAUAUGUGCAUAGUUUAUGUAAUAUUAU